AUGGUCCCAAGUAAAUCUCUGGCUUUGCCUCUGCUCGCUUUGUGCUCCAUAGCAUCAUCAACUCCCUUGGAACAGCGUGAGGCUGCACCGGGCCUCAUCGAUAGCAUGCUUGCCGGGAAUCCCGUUCUCACUGGCAUCCAACAGCUCAUCGCUGAUGUUCUGUCUGGCAAAAAGUCCCCCAUUGACAACACCAAGACAAACAAGCCGGCGACAUGUUCAUUGUUCAGCGUUGACAAAUGCUGCGUUUGGUACGAUGUCUCCGCCGAACUCACCAAGCUAUUCGUCGGAAAUGACAAACUAUGCAACGAUAACGCUCGUGCCGCAGUCCGUAUGGGCUUCCACGAUGCUGGGUCUUGGGACAAGAAUUCUCCUAAUGGUGGCGCUGAUGGAUCCCUACUGAUGGACUUUGGCGAAGAAAAACGGCCAGAGAACAGGGGCCUUGAAAACAUUCGCGGCGUACUUCGCGGCGUACAAGCCAAGUACAAGGUCGGAUACGCUGAUCUAGUCCAAUAUGCGCAUAACCACGCCACCAUCUCGUGUCCGAAGGGUCCCCGCGUACUUACCUUCGUUGGCCGUAAGGAUGCUACCAAGGCCGCACCCACCGGUCUCCUACCAGAUGUUCGGGAUGACGCCGACAAGCUGAUCGAUCUCUUCAAGCAAAAAGGCUUCUCACCACACGAUCUCGCAGCGCUCGUAGGCGCCCACGCAACAGCCAAACAGCGUUUCGUCGACACCAACCCGGAAGUUGUCGACAAACCCCUUGAUACAACCCCAGGUGUCUGGGACGUCGAGUUCUAUAAUGACACGCUCAACAACCCCGCGGGUGGCUCCAAAGACCAAAAGGUCUUCGUGCUUCCGAGUGACAAAGUGCUUUCGAAACAUCCUAAGAUCAACGAUGAGUGGAAGGCAUACGUUGGUAACCAAGUUCACUGGAACCUGGACUAUGCGAAGGCGUACAUCAGGAUGAGUUUGUUGGGUGUAGAGACGAGAGACCUGCUUAGGUUGACGGACUGCACGAGGACUCUGCCUGCUGCUAAACCUUCGUUUCCUUAG